GGUUACCUCCAGGUCCAAGAGGGUUCCCAAUUUUGGGAAGCCUUCAUUUGAUGGGGAAGUUUCCUCCCAGAGAUUUUUAUCAGCUUGCCGAAAAAUAUGGCUCCAUCAUGUUCUUACGUUUGGGCUUGAUUCCGACUGUUGUCGUCUCAUCACCUCACGCUGCUGAACAGUUCCUGAAAACUCAUGACCUCAAUUUUGCCAGCAGGCCUCCUGUUGAUACUUUAAAGCACAUGGCUUAUGGUCAAAGGAACCUCGCCUUUUCUCCAUAUGGAUCUUAUUGGCGAACCAUGCGUAAGAUUUGCAUGCUGGAACUUCUAAGCAGAAAUAAGAUUAGUUCGAACCAGGGCAUGAGGAAAGAAGAGCUCAAUCUCUUGAUUGAGCACAUAAAAGAGGCUGCUGGUGCCGGUGUUGCUGUUGAUAUAAAUGCCAAAGUCACAUCUCUCAGUGCAGACCUAACUUGUGGAAUGGUGUUUGGGAAGAAAUAUGCAGAUGUAGAUUUCGAUGAGAGAAGAUUCAACACUGUGUUUCAAGAGGCCGUAAAAUUGGCAGCCAUUAGUAACUUGAAUGAUUACAUUCCUCAAAUUGCUUCACUUGAUCUCCAGGGACUGACAAAGCGCGCGAAAGCAGUUGCCAAGGUGUUUGAUGACUUCUUUGAAAAGAUUAUUGACGAGCAUGUUCAAUCCAAGGAUGAAAAUAGAACCAAAGACUUUGUUGAUGUAAUGCUGAGUUUCAUGGGAUCACAAGAAACUGAGCACAAAAUCGAGCGAGAGCACGUCAAAGCCAUACUCUUGGACAUGCUUGUAGCUGCAGUAGAUCCUUCAGCCUUAGCUAUUGAGUGGACACUUUCAGAACUUUUCAAGCAUCCUGAGGUUAUGAAGAAAGUACAAAAGGAGUUGGAAAAUGUUGUGGGACUAGACAGAAGGUUGAAGAAUCUGGUUUGGAGAACCUGGAUACUUAGACAUGGUUGUGAAAGAAACCUUGAGCUCCAUCCUGUAUCACCUCUAAUCCCUUAUGAAUCCACGGAGAUUGCACUGUAG